AUGGAUUCCUAUCCAAAUCCAAAUUUUAAUUUUGUUGAUCUUCUUCAAAGUCAACAAGAAAGUGGGUUCGGUUUAGAGUCUUCUUCUUUUCCUCUAUUUGGCACUCAAGCUACCGAAGGUUCUAACUUCGAGCAAGAUAGUCCAGCGGCUGCAGAGCGUAAGGAACGACGGACAUGGACGCCUACUCAUGAUGCUGUCCUCAUCAGCGCGUGGUUACACACGAGCAAGGAUCCGGUGGUAGGGAAUGAGCAACGCUCUGUUGCUUUCUGGAAGCGGAUAGCUGCGUACUAUUCCGCCAGUCCUAAGAUCGCAGAGUGUGACAAAAGAGAGGCCUCAACAUGUAAGCAAAGGUGGCAUAAGAUCAACGAUCUAGUCUGCAAGUUCUGUGGUGCUUUCGAAGCUGCAAACAGAGCGAAAUCUUCUGGUCAAAACGAGACUGAUGUGCUCAAGCAUGCCCACGAAAUCUUCUUCAACAACCUUAAAAAAAAAAUUCACCCUCGACCAUUGUUGGAAGGAGCUUCGUAA